AUGCCACGCCAACUGCACCGCGAAGACUACACAGUUGGGUGGAUAUGCGCGCUCCCAGUCGAGAUGGCAGCUGCGCUGGAGAUGCUCGAUGAGGAGCACGCCGACUUUGAGCGUGGCGACGACAAUGACGAGAACUUGUACGCCCUCGGAUCGAUAGGCGGCCACAACGUGGCGAUCGUGUGCUUGCCGGUGGGCCGUAUUGGCAAUAAUCCAGCAGCAACAGUAGCAAUGCAAAUGCAGGCAACAUUUAAGGAAAUUCGGUUUGGAUUAUUGGUUGGCAUCGGAGGCGGCGUCCCUAGCGUAGAGGUAGACGUCCGGCUUGGGGAUGUUGUAGUUAGCCAACCAAAUAAGACUUUUGGCGGUGUUGUACAGUACGAUUAUGGCAAGGCAACUCAAAGUGGCUUUGAGCGGAUAGGGUCUCUGAACUCCCCUCCACAGAUCCUGCUUAACGCAGUCGCUAAAGUACAGGCAAAUGAGCUACGUGGUGAAAGCAAGGUUUUAGAGCAUAUCGACAAACUCGAUCGUAUUCCUAUAUUCCAGCGUCACAGGGCAGGUCCCGAUAUGCUUUUUAAAGCUGCGUACGAUCACGAAGGAGGACAGACGUGCGAUGCGUGUAGCAUAGGUGGACAAGAAGUACGAAACCCACGCAACAGCGAAGAGGAGAUAGUAAUUCACUAUGGGACAAUCGCGUCAGGCAACCAGGUGAUGAGGAGCGCUGUAGUAAGAGACCAAGUCAGCGCAGAACUCGGCGGAGUGCUCUGCUUCGAGAUAGAGGCGGCGGGCUUGACAAACAGUUUUCCUUGCCUCGUCGUUCGCGGUAUCUGUGACUACGCCGACUCACAUAAGAACAAUAGGUGGCAGCCGUACGCAGCAGGUACGGCAGCCGCGUAUGCAAAGGAACUGCUGUCAAGUAUCAUGCCAGUAGACGUAGUACGAACUCGCACGGUAGAUGAAGCG